UCCAUUAAGCGAAGAACGCAGUGACCAGUUACGGGACUGAGGUGGCUUUCUCUGGACUCUGUGCCUCUGCCUUUAUUGCCAGGUGGUCCUUCAGACAGGGCGGGAGUGGCGGUGGGCAGCGACGAGGUUCCGUGAGGGAGAACACUAUCCCCGUGGACAGCUCUGUGGUUGGAGGUCCUUCAAGUCCGAUGUAUCCAGAAGGAGGAUAUUCAACUCCAAGGCAGCUUAUAGUAGUCAACUGACUACUUGUAUCAAGUCCUUCAUAGUCGGGAAGGCAAUACCUUGAAUCCAAUCUGAUGGAGGAGAUGGCAGGAGAGAAGCGGCAGAACUUCACCACGUUGGAGCUCACGCUCAGCGCCCUCCUGCUCAUCAUGUUCGUCGUCAUCAUCCCUGUCUUCGUGCUUUCUGCCAGAGAGUGCUUGGGGCCCAAAGGUGCUGGGGCGAGUACUCCUGACCCUGCCCAGUGCCCAGCAGUAAAUGAACUGGAACGGAUAAACUGCAUCCCUGACCAGUUGCCCACAAAGGCCACGUGUGAGCAGCGUGGCUGCUGCUGGAAGCCUCAGGGGGCCAUGCGCGUGCCCUGGUGCUACUACUCCAAGAGCCAUGGCUACAAGCUGGUGGGCAGCCUGGCAGACACAGACGCAGGAUUCAGAGCCCAGUUGCAAAGGUUGCCUUCUCCGUCCCUGUUUGGAAAUGAUGUCAACAAUGUCCUUCUCACAGCGGAAUAUCAGACGUCUAGUCGUUUCCACUUUAAGUUAACUGACCAAAACAAUGACCGGUACGAAGUGCCCCAUGAACAUGUCCAAGCCUUCAAGGGAAAUGCUGCUUCUUCCCUGGCUUAUAAAGUCGAGGUCUCUAAACAGCCAUUUAGCAUCAAAGUGACCAGAAGAAGCAACGAUCGUGUUCUGUUUGACUCAAGCAUUGGGCCCCUCCUGUUUGCUGACCAGUUCCUGCAGCUCUCCAUCCGGCUGCCGAGCGCCAGCGUGUACGGACUGGGGGAACAUGUGCACCGGCAGUACCGCCAUGACAUGAAUUGGAAGACCUGGCCGAUCUUCGCCAGGGACACUACCCCUAAUGGGGAUGGAACUAACUUGUAUGGUGCCCAGACAUUCUUCCUGUGCCUUGAAGAUGCUAGUGGAUUGUCCUUUGGAGUGUUUCUGAUGAACAGCAAUGCCAUGGAGGUCGUCCUUCAGCCCACACCAGCCAUCACGUACCGCACCAUCGGGGGCAUCCUGGACUUCUAUGUGUUCCUGGGAGAUACGCCGGAACACGUGGUUCAGGAGUACCUGGAGCUCAUUGGACGGCCAGCCCUACCCGCCUACUGGACACUUGGUUUCCAUCUCAGUAGGUACGACUACGGCUCCCUAGACAACAUGAAGGAAGUCGUGGAGAGAAACCGAGCGGCGCAGCUCCCUUACGAUGUCCAGCAUGCUGAUAUCGAUUAUAUGGACGGGAGGAAGGACUUCACUUAUAACCCAGUGGAUUUUAGAGGCUUUUCAGAGUUUGCUCAGGAGUUGCACGAGAAUGGACAGAAACUGGUCAUCAUCAUGGAUCCGGCCAUCUCCAACAACUCUUCCUCCAGUGAUCCCUACGGCCCAUAUGACAGGGGCUCAGCUAUGAAGAUAUGGGUCCAUGCCUCAGACGGAGUGACUCCACUCAUUGGGGAGGUCUGGCCUGGAAACACUGUGUUUCCUGAUUACACCAACCCUGAGUGUGCUGUUUGGUGGGCAAAGGAAUUUGAGCUUUUCCACAACCAAGUGGAGUUUGAUGGAAUCUGGAUUGAUAUGAAUGAGGUUUCCAACUUCAUUGAUGGUUCAGUUUCAGGAUGUUCAACGAGCAAUCUAAAUUAUCCCCCAUUCACUCCCAGAGUCCUGGAUGGGUACCUGUUCUGCAAGACUCUCUGCAUGGAUGCAGUGCAGCACUGGGGCAAGCAGUACGACGUCCACAACCUGUACGGCUACUCCAUGGCUAUCGCCACAGCAGAAGCUGUCAAGACUGUUUUCCCUAAUAAGAGAAGCUUCAUCAUAACCCGUUCCACCUUUGCGGGAUCUGGCAAGUUUGCAGCCCAUUGGCUGGGAGACAACACGGCCACCUGGAAUGACCUUCAGUGGUCCAUCCCUGGCAUGCUUGAGUUCAACCUUUUUGGUAUCCCAAUGGUGGGUGCUGACAUAUGUGGCUUUGCGCUGGACACCUCUGAGGAGCUCUGUAGGCGGUGGAUGCAGCUGGGGGCUUUCUACCCAUUUUCCAGGAAUCAUAACAGCCAAGGCUACAAGGCCCAGGAUCCUGCCUCCUUUGGAGCUGACUCCCUGCUGUUGAACUCCUCCAGGCACUACCUCACCAUCCGCUACACUCUGCUGCCCUCUCUCUACACCCUCUUCUAUCGGGCUCACAGCCGGGGGGACACUGUGGCCAGGCCCCUUCUGCAUGAGUUCUACCAGGACAGCAACACUUGGGAUGUGCACACACAGUUUCUGUGGGGCCCCGGCCUCCUCAUCACUCCAGUUCUGGACGAGGGAGCAGAGAAAGUGGUGGCCUAUAUGCCUGAUGCCGUCUGGUAUGAUUAUGAGACUGGAGGCCGAGUGAAAUGGAGGAAGCAGAAAGUGGAAAUGGAACUUCCUGGAGACAAAAUUGGACUUCACCUUAGAGGAGGCUACAUCUUCCCCACCCAACAGCCAGCCACAACCACUGUGGCCAGUCGACAGAAUCCUCUUGGUCUCAUCAUUGCUCUGGAUGACAACAAAGAAGCCAAAGGCGAACUGUUCUGGGAUGAUGGGGAAACAAAAGAUACGGUGGCCAAUAAGGUUUACCUCUUAUGUGAGUUUUCCGUCACCCAAAACCGCUUGGAUGUGAAGAUUUUGCAGUCAACCUACAAAGACCCCAAUAAUUUGGCAUUUAAAGAGAUUAAAAUCCUCGGGACCCAGGAACCUAACAACAUUAGGGUGAAGCAGAAUGAUGUCCCAAGUCAGGUUUCUCCUAACGUCACUUACGAUUCUAACCUCCAGGUUGCCCUUAUCACGGGACUGGAUCUUGUCCUGGGAGAAGCAUACACUGUGGAAUGGGACCUGAAGAUCCAAGACACAGAAAAAAUAGACUGUUACCCUGAUGAGAAUGGUGCUUCCCAAGACAACUGUACUGCCCGUGGCUGUGCCUGGGAGGCAUCCACUUCUCUUGGAGUCCCUUUUUGCUAUUUCACCAAUGAGCUCUACUCUGUCAGUGACAUUCAGUAUGAUGCACACGGGGCCACAGCUGCCAUCUCCUUAAAGUCUUCUCUUUAUGCCAAUGCUUUGCCAUCAACCCCCGUGGACUCCCUCCGGCUGAGUGUGACCUACCACAAGAAUGACAUGCUGCAGUUUAAGAUUUAUGACCCCAACAACAAUCGCUAUGAAGUUCCGGUCCCUCUCAAUGUAGCCACAGAUCCAUCCAGCACCCCGGAGAGUCGACUCUAUGAAGUCCUCGUUAAGAAGAACCCAUUUGGGAUUGAAAUUCGCCGGAAGAGUACAGGCACUGCAAUCUGGGACUCUCAGCUCCUGGGCUUCACCUUCAACGACCUGUUCAUCCGCAUCUCCACUCGCCUUCCCUCCCAGUAUAUCUAUGGUUUUGGAGAAAAUGAGCACACCGCCUUUCAGAGAAACUUGAACUGGCACACGUGGGGGAUGUUCUCCCGAGACCAGCCCCCGGGGUACAAGAAGAAUUCCUAUGGCGUCCACCCCUACUACAUGGGCCUGGAGGAGGACGGCAGUGCCCACGGAGUGCUUCUGCUCAACAGCAAUGCCAUGGAUGUGACAUUCCAGCCCCUGCCAGCCCUGACAUACCGCACCACGGGGGGGAUUCUGGAUUUUUAUGUGUUCUUGGGGCCAACUCCCGAGCUUGUCACUCAGCAGUACACUGAGUUGAUUGGUCGGCCAGUGAUGGUUCCGUACUGGGCCUUGGGCUUCCAGCUGUGCCGCUAUGGGUACCAGAACGACUCUGAGAUCGCCAGCUUGUAUGAUGAGAUGGUGGCUGCCCGGGUCCCCUACGACGUGCAGUACUCGGACAUCGACUACAUGGAGCGGCAGCUGGACUUCACCCUCAGCCCCAACUUUACUGGACUCCCAGCUCUGAUCUCUCGCAUGAAGGCCGAUGGGAUGCGGUUCAUCCUCAUUCUGGACCCAGCCAUUUCUGGAAAUGAGACACAGCCCUACCCUGCGUUCACGCGGGGUGUGGCAGAAGACGUCUUCAUCAAGGCUCCUAAUGGUGGAGACAUCGUCUGGGGAAAGGUCUGGCCCGAUUUCCCUAACAUUGUCAUAAACAGCUCUCUGGACUGGGACAGCCAAGUGGAGCAAUACCGAGCUUAUGUGGCUUUCCCAGACUUUUUCCGCAAUUCAACUGCCACCUGGUGGAAGAGGGAGAUGCAAGAACUAUACUCCAACCCAAGGGAUCCUGAGAAGAGCUUGAAGUUCGAUGGCAUGUGGAUUGAUAUGAACGAACCUGCCAGCUUUGUGAAUGGGGCAGUGCCUCCAGGCUGCAAGGACACCACCCUGAACCACCCUCCCUAUAUGCCACAUUUGGAGUCCAGGGACCAGGGUCUGAGCAGCAAGACCCUGUGCAUGGAGAGCGAGCAGGUCCUGCCCGACGGCUCCCGGGUGCGGCACUACGACGUGCACAGCCUGUAUGGGUGGUCCCAGACCAGACCCACAUACGAAGCUGUGCAGGAGGUAACAGGACAGCGAGGGGUCGUCAUCACCCGCUCCACAUUCCCCUCGUCUGGCUGCUGGGCAGGACACUGGCUGGGAGACAACACAGCUGCGUGGGACCAGCUGCAGAAAUCUAUCAUCGGCAUGAUGGAGUUCAGCCUCUUUGGCAUAUCCUAUACAGGAGCAGACAUCUGUGGGUUCUUUAAUGAUGCUGAAUAUGAGAUGUGCACUCGCUGGAUGCAGCUGGGGGCCUUCUACCCCUUUUCCAGGAACCACAACACCAUCGGGACGAGGAGGCAAGACCCUGUGUCCUGGGAUGAUACAUUUGUGAAUAUCUCCAAACGUGUCCUGCAGACUAGAUACGCCCUCUUGCCGUACCUCUACACCCUGAUGCACCUGGCCCACGCACAGGGCAGUACUGUUGUGCGGCCUCUUCUCCAUGAGUUUGUGUCAGACCGAGUGACCUGGAAUAUAGACAAGCAGUUCCUGCUGGGCCCUGCCUUCCUGGUCAGCCCUGUCCUGGAGCCUAAUGUCAGAAAUGUCACUGCAUACUUCCCUAGGGCCCGCUGGUAUGACUACUACACGGGUGUGGACACUGGAGCGAGCGGAGAGUGGAAGUCCUUGUCGGCCCCUCUUGACCACAUAAAUCUCCACGUCCGGGGUGGCUACAUCCUGCCCUGGCAAGUGCCUGCACUGAACACCCACGCGAGUCGGAAGAAUUCCCUGGGGCUCAUCAUUGCCUUGGACUAUAAGCGAGAAGCAAAGGGACAGCUGUACUGGGAUGACGGUGAAUCUGCAGAUGCUGUAACUGAAAAGAAUUACACUCUCUAUGAGUUUUCUGUCACCUCCAACCGUCUACAGGCAAAGAUCACGACUAAUAAUUAUAAGGACACCGACAACCUCAUGUUUACAGAUAUUACAAUCUUGGGAAUGGACAAGCAACCUGCUGAUUUUAUUCUCUUUAUUGGUGCUUCCACCCCCAUUUCAAACGUCAGCUACAACAAAUCAGCAAAGGUGGUGAAGAUCACUGGUCUCAAGGGACUGGUACUGGGACAGGAAUUCUCUAUUGAGUGGAAACUCCCAGUCAGCGACCUGGAGAAGUUCAACUGCUACCCUGAGGAGCCCACAGCCUCUGAGGAGAAGUGCAGUCAGCGGGGGUGCCUUUGGGAGCCCACAACCGUUCCUGGUGUGCCCACCUGUUUCUACGACACUAUCCCUAAUUAUGCUGCCAGUAACAUUCAGUAUUUGCCCACUGGCAUCAGCGUGGACCUUACACAUCUGACGGCCUCUGAGUCCCCACAAGCAGCAGCAGCACCACCAUUACCACAGGGUGCCCUCCCUCUGUCUGCAGCAGCCAGGACCUCUGACACUCUCUCUGCAAAGAUCAGCUUCCUUAAGCUCAGCGUGACCUACCACACAGAAAGCAUGCUGCAGUUCAAGGUCUAUGACCCCACUAAUAAAAGGUAUGAGGUACCAGUGCCUCUGAAUACCCCCUCCUCUCCAGUUGGCUCCCCCGAAAACCGUCUGUAUGAUGUCGAGAUUCAGAACAAUCCUUUCGGGAUCCAGAUUCGACGAAAUAGCUCCGGCACUGUGAUUUGGGACUCUCAGCUCCCCGGCUUCACCUUCGAUGACAAGUUCCUUUCCAUUUCUACUCGCCUCCCCUCUGAGAACAUCUAUGGCUUUGGAGAAACUGAGCACACAGCCUUCAGAAGGAACAUUAGCUGGAACACGUGGGGAAUGUUUGCUCGAGAUGAGCCACCAGCGUACAAGAAGAAUUCCUAUGGCGUCCACCCCUACUACAUGGGCCUGGAGGAGGACGGCAGUGCCCACGGAGUGCUUCUGCUCAACAGCAAUGCCAUGGAUGUGACAGUCCAGCCCACUCCUGCCCUGACAUACCGCACCACGGGAGGGAUUUUGGACUUUUAUGUGGUUUUGGGGCCAACCCCUGAGCUUGUAGCCCAGCAAUACACGGAGUUGAUUGGUCGGCCAACAAUGAUUCCGUACUGGGCCUUGGGAUUCCAGCUGAGUCGCUAUGGAUACCAGAGUGAUACUGAAAUCUCCAACUUGUAUGAUGCGAUGAUGGAGGCCCAGAUUCCCUAUGAUGUUCAACAUGUAGACAUAGAUUACAUGGACCGGAAGCUGGACUUCACCCUCAGCAGCAGCUUUCAAAACCUCAGUCUCCUGAUGGAGCGAAUGAAGCAAAACGGCAUGAGGUUCAUCCUCAUUCUGGAUCCAGCCAUUUCUGGCAAUGAGACCCAGUACCUCCCAUUCUCCAGAGGCCAGGAAAGCGACGUGUUCAUCAAGUGGCCAGACAGCAGUGACAUUGUCUGGGGAAAGGUUUGGCCAGAUUUGCCCAACGUGGAGGUGGAUACAUCCCUUGACCAUGAAACACAGGUUAAGAGGUUCCGGGCCUCCGUCGCCUUUCCCGACUUCCUGCGGAACAGCACGGCUGCCUGGUGGAAGAAGGAAAUAAGUGAGCUCUACACCAACCCCCGAGAGCCUACGAAGAGCUUGAAGUUCGAUGGACUGUGGAUCGAUAUGAAUGAGCCAUCGAACUUCGUGGAUGGAUCUGUCGGGGGCUGCCGCGACGAAAUUCUUAAUAAACCACCUUAUAUGCCAUAUUUGGAGUCCAGGGACAGCGGUCUGAGCAGCAAGACCCUGUGCAUGGAGAGCGAGCAGGUCCUGCCCGACGGCUCCCGGGUGCAGCACUACGACGUGCACAGCCUGUACGGGUGGUCCCAGACCAGACCCACAUACGAAGCUGUGCAGGAGGUGACAGGACAGAGAGGGGUCGUCAUCACCCGCUCCACGUUCCCCUCAUCUGGCCGCUGGGGAGGACACUGGCUGGGGGACAACACGGCCGCGUGGGACCAGCUGCAGAAAUCUAUCAUCGGCAUGAUGGAGUUCAGCCUCUUUGGAAUUCCGUAUACAGGAGCAGACAUCUGUGGGUUCUUCGGAGAUGCCGAAUAUGAGAUGUGCGCUCGCUGGAUGCAGCUGGGGGCCUUCUACCCCUUUUCCAGGAACCACAACACUGUGGGGACCAGGAGACAAGAUCCCGUGGCCUGGAAUUCAACCUUUGAGAUGUACUCGAGAAGAGUCCUGCAGACCAGAUACACCCUGCUGCCGUACCUGUACAGCCUGAUGCACAAGGCCCACGCGGAGGGCAGCACUGUCGUGCGCCCCCUUCUGCACGAGUUCAGCGAGGACAAAACAACGUGGAACAUAGACAGUCAGUUCCUGCUGGGCCCUGCCGUCUUGGUCAGCCCGGUGCUGCAAGCUAGCACGUUUGAGGUCCGAGCCUAUUUCCCCCCAGCCCGUUGGUAUGACUUUAGCACGGGAUCUGGCAACGCUUCCACGGGCGAGUGGAGAACCCUGCAGGCUCCCCUCGACCACAUCAACCUCCACAUCAGAGGGGGCUACAUCUUGCCUUGGCAAGAGGCAGGAAUGAACACCCGCUCCAGUCGACAAAAAUUGAUGGGAUUGCUUGUUGCUCUGGAUGACACUGGGGGAGCUGAAGGCCAGAUGUUCUGGGAUGAUGGAGAAAGCAUUGAUACCUAUGAAAAUGGAAACUAUUUCUUGGCAGAUUUCAUAGCAGCUCAGAACACAUUGAGAAUCCAGACCAUACACAAUAAGUAUUUGAGUAACUCAAAUCCACUGAAAGUUGGAAAUAUUACAAUCUGGGGGGUCCAUCCUACUUAUGUGACACAGGUUCGUGUCACCUAUGACAACCAGCAAUCCAUGGUGACGAAUUUCAUCAGUGACCCUUACCAACAGAUACUAAAUAUUCAAUUGGGUGACAAGAUUAUCAGCCUGGAAAACUUAACUGAGGUCACUUGGAUUCAUGGUGGUCCCAUAGUUUCUACUACACCGAGGACAAGUACCAUCUUGCCCACCACUCUACAUUCUACAUUUACUACUGAGGCUACCACUUCUGGGACUAUUGUCACUAGUUUCUCUACUGCAACUCCCACUACUGCCCUGCUUAGUACAACCAUUUCUUUCCCAACAAGUACAAUAGAAUUUAUAUCAGAUACUACUGUCUCUGAAACUACGACUUCCUUCCCUACAAAUACUAUGGCCUCAAGCACUAGUACGGGGGUUCCUAUCCCAACCACUUCUUUUCCAUUAAGUACUCCUGAAGUUACAACUGCCACUACUAUUUCCAACACCACUACUCCUUUCUCUACAAAUUCAGCUACCACCGCUAACACUAGUACUGACUUUCCUACCACAGCCACUUCUUUCCCUAUAACUACUCCUGAAGUUACAACUGCCACUACUAUUUCUAACAUCACUACUCCUUUCUCUACAAAUUCAACUACCACCGCUAACACUAGUACUGACUUUCCUACCACAGCCACUUCUUUCCCUAUAACUACUCCUGAAGUUACAACUGCCACUACUAUUUCCAACACCACUACUCCUUUCUCUACAAAUUCAGCUACCACCGCUAACACUAGUACUGACUUUCCUACCACAGCCACUUCUUUCCCAUUAACUACUCCUGAAGUUACAACUGGUACUACUAUUUCUAACAUCACUACUCCUUUCUCUACAAAUUCUACCACUGAUAACACUAGUACUGACUUUCCUACCACAGCCACUUCUUUCCCUAUAACUACUCCUGAAGUUACAACUGCCACUACUAUUUCCAACACCACUACUCCUUUCCCUACAAAUUUUACCACCGAUAACACUAGUACUGACUUUCCUACCACAGCCACUUCUUUCCCAUUAACUACUCCUGAAGUUACAACUGGUACUACUGUUUCCAACACCACUACUCCUUUCUCUGCAAAUUCUACCACCACUAACACUAGUACUGACUUUCCUACCACAACCACUUCUUUCCCUAUAACUACUCCUGAAGUUACAACUGGUACUACUAUUUCUAACACCACUACUCAUUUCCCUACAAAUUCAACUACCACUAACAUUAGUACUGACUUUCCUGCCACAGCCACUUCUUUCCCUAUAACUACUCCUGAAGUUACAACUGCCACUACUAUUUCCAACACCACUACUCCUUUCCCUACAAAUUCUACCACCGAUAACACUAGUACUGACUUUCCUACCACAGCCACUUCUUUCCCAUUAACUACUCCUGAAGUUACAACUGGUACUACUAUUUCCAACGCCACUACUCCUUUCUCUACAAAUUCUACCACCACUAACACUAGUACUGACUUUCCUGCCACAGCCACUUCUUUCCCUAUAACUACUCCUGAAGUUACAACUGGUACUACUAUUUCCAACACCACUACUCCUUUCUCUACAAAUUCAACUACCACCGCUAACACUAGUACUGACUUUCCUACCACAGCCACUUCUUUCCCAUUAACUACUCCUGAAGUUACAACUGCUACUACUAUUUCUAACAUCACUACUCCUUUCUCUACAAAUUCUACCACCGAUAACACUAGUACUGACUUUCCUGCCACAGCCACUUCUUUCCCUAUAACUACUCCUGAAGUUACAACUGGUACUACUAUUUCUAACACCACUACUCCUUUCUCUACAAAUUCUACCACCGAUAACACUAGUACUGACUUUCCUACCACAGCCACUUCUUUCCCUAUAACUACUCCUGAAGUUACAACUGCCACUACUAUUUCCAACACCACUACUCCUUUCUCUACAAAUUCAACUACCACCGCUAACACUAGUACUGACUUUCCUACCACAACCACUUCUUUCCCUAUAACUACUCCUGAAGUUACAACUGGUACUACUAUUUCUAACAUCACUACUCCUUUCUCUACAAAUUCUACCACCGAUAACACUAGUACUGACUUUCCUACCACAGCCACUUCUUUCCCAUUAACUACUCCUGAAGUUACAACUGGUACUACUAUUUCCAACACCACUACUCCUUUCUCUACAAAUUCAACUACCACCGCUAACACUAGUACUGACUUUCCUACCACAACCACUUCUUUCCCUAUAACUACUCCUGAAGUUACAACUGCCACUACUAUUUCUAACAUCACUACUCCUUUCUCUACAAAUUCUACCACCACUAACACUAGUACUGAUACUCCUACCACAGCCACUUCUUUCCCAUUAACUACUCCUGAAGUUACAACUGGUACUACUAUUUCUAACACCACUACUCCUUUCUCUACAAAUUCUACCACCACUAACACUAGUACUGACUUUCCUGCCACAGCCACUUCUUUCCCUAUAACUACUCCUGAAGUUACAACUGCCACUACUAUUUCUAACACCACUACUCCUUUCCCUACAAAUUCUACCACUGCUAACACUAGUACUGAUACUCCUACCACAGCCACUUCUUUCCCAUUAACUACUGAAGUUACAACUGGUACUACUAUUUCUAACAUCACUACUCCUUUCUCUACAAAUUCUACCACCGAUAACACUAGUACUGACUUUCCUACCACAGCCACUUCUUUCCCAUUAACUACUCCUGAAGUUACAACUGCCACUACUAUUUCCAACACCUCUACUCCUUUCUCUACAAAUUCUACCACCGAUAACACUAGUACUGACUUUCCUACCACAGCCACUUCUUUCCCAUUAACUACUCCUGAAGUUACAACUGGUACUACUAUUUCUAACAUCACUACUCCUUUCUCUACAAAUUAUACUACCCCUAACAACUAGUACUGAUACUCCUACCACAGCCACUUCUGUCCAAGUAGGUACUCCUGAAGGUAUAACUACUACUACUAUUUCUAACACCACUAUUUCUUUCCCUACAAAUACUACUACUUCUGGUACUAUUACUGCUUAAGCUAGCACAACCACUUCUCUCCCCACAAGCACUCUUGAAGUGACAACUAAUACUGCUGUUCCCAAUGUUACUCUUCCUUUCCCUACAAAUAUUACUACUGCCAGCACUGGAACUGCCCUUUUGGAGCAACUACUUUUUUCCCAAGUUCUAUUGAAUUGAGAAGGAGUACUACUCUUCCUAACACUACUACACUCUCUUCUGAAAAUACUACUACUGUUAUCCCUUAUGUUACAUCUCCUAUUCCAACCACUCUUUGCCAACAAGUAGUACUAAUACUACCAUUGGUACUACCGGUAUUGAUACCGCUCUUUCCCCAGCAAGUACUAAUGCUACUAGCACUAAUAACACUGUUCUAGUUACAACUAUUCCUGCUCUUACAAAUGCUGACAUUGAUACUACUACCAUGCAUUCGGUUACUACAAAUAUUUUAAAUGGUACUACCACUGCUGGAAGCACAGAAACAACUACAGGCAUCACCACAAUUGCUCUGGUUUCAGAUGUGACUUCUGAACAAAUUACCACUGAGAUUGUGCCCAUGGCAUUUCCUACAGGCACUGGUGGUACCACCACCCAGACAGUAUGUCUCCAAUGGCACCGACCAGUGUCAGUACCACCACUUACCCUCCAGAUGCCCCUACCCAUGCUUUGAGCACCACAUCUAUGGGCACCAAAAGCACCCCUAAUGCAAAUAUUACUGAUGUAAUAACUGGUGUUGGUGGCAUUACAGGAACUCCCAUUAGAGACAGCCCUACUACUGAUGAUGUUAACAUCACAAUGAUUCCUGUUGCGAACACUUUUUCAGCUACUGCAGACACAGUAAUUACUGGUACUGAAGACUUGGCUACUUCCUCACACAUAAACACACCAGGUAUGGGAUCUCCUACUGCAUCAACAGAAAAUUCCACCACAACAGACACUGCCACUCUCACUACACAUAUUUUCAGUACUAAAAUGACAAACUCAAUGACUACUUUUGACACAGUCCUUAUAAACACGUCCAUUCCAAAUGCCACAGCUAUACCCACCACCAAAACUGUGAGCAGUACAGAGCACACAGUAAGUACUGUUGAUGCAGGUAGCUCCAGGAGAGUUGCAGGUAACACUGCACAGGUUUCUAUUCCAAAUACCGUGAUAGCCUCAGACACGUUAACCUCUGCUCUCUUAGGUACAGUGACUGGCCGUCUUGUGAUCAUAAAUUCUACAGCCAGCUUUUUACCUGUACUUACAACUAAUGUUACCAGAGACAUUACACAUGCUACUGUAGAUGCUUCAGAUACUACUGCUCCUGAUAGAAUGGCCGUGAAUGCGGCCACUGCAUUCGACUUACAUUGCAAACACGACAAAUACCACUCUAGUUCUCUAAAUACUAUUCAAGGCAGGAUAAAUACCCAAGACAUCUCUUGAAAAACAACCAUUACAGACAUAGGAAGUCAAUGAACCGAUACAUGAUUUUAUACUAUAUAUGUUUUCACAAAUAUUAGCACUGGCUUUCACAGCUAUGGCUAAUGCAAGCACUGUAGACAUUGAAGACUGAUCUCAAGAUGUGCCCAGUACUAACUCUGUGGACACUUUUUGUGAAACCACAAUAUAUAGUACUAUUUUGUAAAUUAGAAUUAUAUGUCUGAUAGUCCCAUCAUUUAAACUACAGUUAUUUCAUACAUGUUGCUACAGACUUCACAUGUGAUUUUGAUAUCUUGGAUAAUACUGUAAAUACUAUCGCUCUGUAAAUACUAUUGCUUUAGAUGUUGUCAUUGAAAUAACCCGACUUGUUCUGUAGUACUAUACCUCAGCAAUGGCAUCACAGGCAAUAAUGCCAUACCUGAGAGCCUGGUAAUGCCUGCCACUCAUAUGACUGCUAUAGAACAGCUACUACUAUUAGUAUUACAGUACAUUAUUUAAUUAGAACGCUAAACAUUACACUUUAGGUUCCUAAGAGCUUUUCCAAAUACCAUGGCUACCAAUGUAGUAAUUUGCUAUUAUACAUACUGAAAGUAUUAUUGCUUCUAAAAGGAUCCUAUCUAUAGUUAUAAAUAUGAAAAAUGCUACCAUUGUAGAUCUUCUAUAUACUUUGAUGCCAGGAAAUGAAAUCAUUAAAUGAGGAAUAUUACAGGUUACUUUACUAUAAGAAGAAGUAAAAAUAUGAUGAUAGAUGUUAAAAACAUAACUUCCCAAACUUGGCAACCAUUGCUACCAUGGUACUACUGAUACUCUUAGUACAGAUUUGAUAAGCACUUAUAUUUAUAGAUAGUAAAUAUAAUUCCAGGGAAUUACAAUUAAUCUUAUUUAGGAGAUGAUUUUAGAUUCCUGCUGUUACCACUAAUGGCUGGAUUCCCUCACAAGGAUCUAAUCUUUCAUAGACCAGAAAUCACCCAGGCAGAGAUACACAUGUAAAGCCACAGCGUGAGAAAUGCAGUUUCUGCCCUGGAAUCAGAGUUCAUAUCCUUCUCUGUUUUUUCUUGUAUUCACAAGCUUUUCCUUUCUUAUUUUACUCUUCUUCAAGGGGUUAGGACUUCCAGCAUGUUCUUGGUCUUUCACACCCAAACUCACUCUUUAUCUUUGAUCUAUUACUUUCUUAUAUCACUCAGACUCCCUUGCAUAGACUCAUGGUUGAGUGCUACUGAAGGCUUAACUCUAGUGCAGUAUUUCAAAACGUAGUUUGGGGACACAUGGGCAGCCUCAAAAGUCUUCCUUGGGUGUACAAGCUCAAAUCUGUUUCCAUAAUAUUAUGUUGUUAUUUGCCUUCUCCACUCUCCUUCUCUCAUUAGGAUACAAUGGCAUUUUCUAGAGACUCUCUGCUGUGUGAUGUCACCAUAGAUGAAUAUACAGACAGAUAUGAGAAUCUGUCUAUGAGAAUUCCUAUGAGAAUCUAGCUGUCUUCUGUUAAACCAGACACUAAAGAGUUUUUUAAAAUAUAAAAUCAUGUCAUUCUUCUCACUCAUUUUAUUUUUGCUUUGGAAAAUGUAGUUGUUUUUCAUAAAAAUGUAUUAU